AUGGUUAUGCGAAGUUCGCCCUUGAUGGGAUGGAAGAACGUUAGCACCGGUUCGGAUGCCGAGAAGCAUAUGCCAAUCACGAGGAUAUGCGUACAGGUGGAACAAGGCUCGAUCUACGGUGUACGAGAUAGGCUUCCCAAUGGCCAGAACUACUACUACUUUAAGGGCAUCCCGUUCGCAAAACCUCCCAUUGGAGCACUUCGCUUCAAGUCUCCAGUCGCGAUUGAUAGGUUCGCUGUCUCGUACCUGGAUUGUACGCGCGAGCGCAGCAACUGCCUUGGACUGGACGUCCUGACGAAGGAGAUCAGUGGCUCCGAGGAUGGUCUUUUCCUCAACAUCUACACACCGAAGCUGGGCAAAUGUGACGAUCCAGAGCCGCUACCGGUGAUGGUGUUCAUCCACGGUGGUGGGUUGAUUGGAGGUCACGGUGAUAGUUCGCUCUAUCUUCCUAAUUACCUCGUGCAGGAGGGUGUGAUCGUGGUGACACUGAACUAUCGGCUUGGUGUACUUGGGUUCCUUUGUCUGCCGGACGCCGGUAUCGCUGGUAAUGCUGGGCUCAAAGACCAGAGAGCGGCUCUGCGAUGGAUCUCCAAAAACAUCGCCACGUUUGGUGGUGAUCCUGGUAACGUGACAUUGUUUGGCGCAAGCUCAGGAGCAAUCGCCGUCAACUUGCACUGUUUAUCGUCCGAAUCAAAGCGGUACUUCCACAAGGCGAUCCUUCAGAGUGGCUCUAUCUACACGGAGUUCUCGUUCCAGGAGCAGCCUGAGGAAAAGGCUCGCAAGUUAGCCCGUCUGCUCGGGCAGAGUCCUUGUGCCACGGACACUGAAGUGUAUGAGCUACUUCGGACAGCUCCUGCACGUAAGUUGUUCGAGCUGCAACCACUUGUACUGACCGAUCGCGAGCAGACGGUCGAACGCCUUUUCCAGAUUCCAUUUUUGCCCGUGAUCGAGAGAGCUGACUCACUGGACGCGCUAAUUACGCGUCAUCCGACCGACAUCAUGAGUGAACCUGACUCUAUGGACAUCCCGAUCGUGUUGGGGUACAACGAGCGUGACGGCAUGAUGGUGUUGAUCGAUGCGAUUAAAACUCUGGCCACGUACAACGCCGAACCGGAACGAUUCAUUCCACGCACGGUCGCACUGGAUUACUUCACGCCCGAGGCACGUGCCCUCGGUGAGGAGAUCCGGACAUUCUACUUCGGUAACCGACCUGUGAGCCACGACAUGCUUGUUCCACUGACGGAUGCGUUCACUGACAAGUAUCUGCUGGCGUACCGGCAGACGGUAGAACUGUGGGCUCGUCACCAACGGCGAGCUCGAUUCUUUGGCUAUCGGUUUGCAUUCGACGGACUGCUAAACAAGGGUAAAGCGAUCAUGUCUCUUGGGGCGAUCAAGGGCGCAGGUCACAUCGAUGAGGUGUACUAUCUGUUCAGCUCACCACUCCUGCGUACGGAGGUCCCAACGACAGAUCGAGCGUAUGCUCUUCGACACACCAUGGUGCGGUUGUGGACGAACUUCGCUCGGUGUGGAGAUCCUACACCGCAAGUACCUCAUCCUGAUCCGGCCCUUCCAUUUCGAUGGGAAGCACAACCGAACGUGGCCCCAGGAGAGCCUGUCCCGUUGAUGUGCCUCGAUAUCGGUAACGAGGGAAUCGCGAUGGUCGAGAUGCCGGAGAAGCGCCGGAUGGACUUCUGGACUACGAUUUACGAGCGGUAUAACGGUGGGCUAGCCGAUGUUCGAGUGCCUCGCAUCACGUCCUCAGUUGCAGGAACGCUAGAUCUCAACAACAACGAGAAUGCUGCUCCGCUCAAGUGA